UUCAGAAAUUUUAGUUCAGCGUUUUGUUUCAUGGUCAUUGACGUUCAUUUAUUUUAAGCAUUAGAGACAAAACGUUUGGUCUUUUCGGAAAUCUCGCAUCUCUUCGAGUCAGAAAAAUCAAAAAAAAAAAAAACAAAUCAAUUUAAAAUGUUCUCGAUUCGAAUGUAAACAAUUUUGUACAGUUUGCUCUCGAAAGCUCAAGCAAACCAAUGAAACGCAAUGAUUUUAGUGUAGCUGUUUUUAAGUGACAAAAUUUUACCAUUGUAAGUGAGUUCUAUUGAGUGGUUUGUUGUUUUUUUGUUGUGUGUUCUUUUUACCAUUUAAAUUUUUGCCAAUGAUUCUUGGACUCAGAUAGAACCAAUAUGCCCGUCAGAAAAUAUCGUCGAGAUACAUCGGAAGUUAGUUGUUGCCUGAAAUAUGUGAUAUUUAGUGUGAAUGUUUUGUUUUGGCUACUCGGUCUGUGUAUUAUGGCCGUUGGAUUUUGGGCCUGGACGGAAAAAGAUGUGUUCAACAAUAUUUCCAAGCUAACAACCAUUGCAUUAGAUCCUGCAUUCAUUUUAAUAUGCAGUGGAACGAUUACAUUUAUCAUUGGCUUUACUGGUUGCGUUGGAGCUCUACGAGAGAAUACAUGUUUGCUUGCUGCUUACUCAAUGUUCCUAGUGGUAUUGCUGUUGAUGGAAAUGGGAGCUGGUAUACUGAUUUUCAUUCUGAAAGAUAAAGGAUGGAUCAAAGAGCAAGCAACCACAAGUUUGCAAAUUUUCAUCAUUCACUACAGAGAAGACCCCGAUCAACAGAAUUUGAUCGAUUGGAUACAAGAAGACUGGCUCCAGUGCUGCGGCAUUGAAGGCCCAAAAGACUGGGAUAGUAAUAAUUAUUUCAAUUGUUCAUCUCGUGCUGUAGGAAGUCGGGAGGCAUGUGGAGUGCCCUUUUCGUGUUGCAAGCGUAAACCACACGAACUGAUUAAGAAUAAGCAAUGUGGAUACGACGUACGGCGAGAGGGACAUCCGGCUGAUAGGCAUAUUUAUGAACGAGGGUGUUUAAGAGCCAGUGAAGAUUGGCUAGAAGGAAAUUUAGUCCAUGUAGCCGCAUCAUAUGUUAGUGUAAUGGUGCUACAGAACUUUGAAACAGAAAUAAAUGACAAGGGAUGUGUUACCGCUGGUGAGGAAUGGAUUGAGCAUAAUCUUAUUUUAAUAGCAUCGAGUGCCAUAUUUUUAGCAUUUAUGCAGAUUCUCGGUAUUUGUUUCGCACAGAAUCUCCGUGCUGAUAUAUUUGCGCAAAAAGCGAAAUGGCACUGACAAACAGCCGCCCCUGUCAACGUUUAAAAUUACAAUUGUAGUUAAGACGUAUGGCUGAACGUCUGAAUCGGAAAUCGUACCAAGUAAAUCAUUUUCCAUUUUAUUUUAAUUUUUACUUCUAUGGAAAUCGUUUUCAUUAUGCUAAGAAAAAAAUGGAUAAUAAUGCGAAAAGGAGAUAGAUAGAAGUGUAAUUUUAGACAUUAAGAAGAUGAAGAGAAGGAAGAACGUCGAACGUAAACAAA